CAUUGCGAUUUCCGGGUCGUUGAGGCCGCCUUCGGCGGCGCAGGCAUCCGUGUUUGCUGGUGUCCAGUCUAUGGAGGCAGUUGGUGCUGGCGGCGGCGCCGAGGCAGGAGGCGGUGUCCGAGUAGGGGCCUCUGCCCCGCCAGGAUGUUACCGGGCUUGGCCGCCGCCGCUGCGGCCUGCAGAUGUAGCUGGUCCUCUUUCUGCCGGCUUCAUCUGCGCUGCCCGGCAGCGGCCCGUGGCUCCAGCGACCGCCACGAAUGGCGGAAUUUAGUGACAACUGGAAGUUUUGCAUACAUGGUUCCCUAUAGUCACCCACAUAUUUGUGUACUGAGUCAAGUAAAAUUGUACUCUACAAAUGUUCAGAAAGAAGGACAGGGAUCACAAACUCUCAGAGUGGAAAAAGUGCCAUCAUUAGAUGAAUCAGCAGAAAAUAUUGGCGCAGAACUCAAAGCCCCACUUAAGCAAGAACCUCUCCAAGUAAGAGUCAAAGCAGUCCUUAAAAAAAGGGAAUAUGGAUCAAAAUACACUCAGAAUAAUUUCAUCACUGGAGUCAGAGCAAUGAAUGAGUUCUGCCUUAAGCCCAGUGAUCUAGAACAGCUCCGAAAAAUCAGACGACGAAGUCCCCAUGAAGAUACUGAGUCCUUUACUGUGUACUUGAGAUCAGAUGUGGAGGCAAAAUCCUUGGAAGUUUGGGGAAGCCCUGAAGCUCUUGCCAGAGAGAAGAAACUGCGUAAGGAAGCAGAAAUCGAAUACAGAGAACGGCUGUUUAGAAAUCAAAAGAUAUUAAAAGAAUAUAGAGAUUUCUUGGGAAACACCAAGCCACGUUCCAGAACAGCAUCAGUGUUCUUUAAGGGACCAGGAAAAGUGGUGAUGGUUGCCAUUUGCAUCAAUGGUUUAAACUGCUUCUUUAAAUUCCUUGCCUGGAUUUAUACGGGUUCAGCAAGUAUGUUUUCAGAAGCUAUACACUCAUUAUCUGAUACUUGUAACCAGGGUUUACUAGCAUUGGGCAUCAGUAAGUCUGUUCAAACACCAGAUUCUACUCAUCCGUAUGGAUUUUCAAACAUGCGCUAUAUUUCUUCACUAAUUAGUGGUGUUGGUAUUUUCAUGAUGGGUGCAGGACUCUCUUGGUACCAUGGAGUUAUGGGAUUGCUUCAUCCUCAACCAAUGGAAUCCCUUCUAUGGGCAUAUUGUAUUUUAGCAGGAUCAUUGAUAUCUGAAGGAGCAACACUUCUUGUUGCAGUAAAUGAACUUCGUAGGAGUGCUCAGGCCAAAGGAAUGUCAUUUUAUAAAUAUGUAAUGGAAAGUCGUGAUCCUAGUACAAAUGUUAUAUUAUUGGAGGAUACUGCAGCAGUCUUGGGAGUGACAAUAGCAGCCACUUGCAUGGGUCUUACUUCUAUAACAGGCAAUCCAUUGUAUGACAGCCUAGGUUCAUUGGGUGUGGGCACCUUAUUAGGCGUGGUCUCAGCAUUCCUCAUCUACACCAACACAGAAGCACUCUUGGGACGAUCCAUACAACCAGAGCAAGUUCAGCGGCUUACUGAACUCCUGGAGAAUGACCCAUCAGUAAGGGCAAUUCAUGAUGUUAAAGCCACAGAUCUGGGAUUAGGUAAAGUAAGAUUUAAGGCAGAAGUAGAUUUUGAUGGACGAGUUGUUACAAGAUCAUAUUUGGAAAAACAAGAUUUUGACCAAAUGCUACAAGAAAUUCAAGAAGUGAAAACUCCUGAAGAGCUAGAGACCUUUAUGCUUAAACAUGGAGAAAAUAUUAUUGAUACAUUAGGAGCUGAAGUAGAUAGACUUGAGAAGGAACUGAAAAAACGAAAUCCUGAAGUUCGGCAUGUAGAUUUGGAGAUACUUUAACCUUGAUGGGGUCUUGGAAAUGAGCUUGUCAAGCCAUUCUACAAAGCACGUUUUCCUGCUUCUUCCCAUACUAAAGGAGUCAGCGCCAUUCAGAAGCCAUUUCCUUUUUCAAGACAGAGGAAAUAUUUUAUGUAAAGAGCAAUUGAACAGGCCACAGAACUAAAACUUCUUUCUUCUAAUCAUGUUUUUUGUGCUUCAGUAGGGGACACUUUGGUUAUUUCAGUUGUUCAUAAUUUCAUUUUAGCCUGUCAGUGUGUAUUAUACCUUGCAAUCAUGUUUUCUUUCUUCACAUUGGUAAAAAAUAAGUGGCAUCCAUAGGAUUAUAACUUUUAAUUUUGUUCCUACUGAAGAUUUUACUCCAUCAAAAUCUGCCAAUCUUGACUAUUCUGGCUAAAUUUGGUUCAGGGUUUAUAAACAGUCACUCUCUUUCAAAGUCUGUCUUUCCUAAUACAAUGUAGAAAUUAUUUCUUUCUACGCACCUUGUUAUUUUGACCUGAGCAUUGAGAAGAGUCCUUCUUUCCUAACCUAAACUCUUUAUCCAGAUAUUCAUUCCAGAAGUGGUUUAGUUAUUACUGAAUUAAGUGAAGACAUUUCAGUACUCUUUUAUAUCAUAGAAGUUGCCAUUUUGUAAAAAUUUCUCAUUUCUCUUUUUUUCCCUUAUUUGGUUUAAUUUUUCUAAAGUUAAGAGAUAUAAAGUAAUCCUAAACAUUUCCAUGGGUCAGUGUAAUGGUUGUUUCUUUUCUUUUCUCUCUUUUUUUCUUUCUUUUUUUUUGGGGGGGGGGUGGGAUAAACCGGCUUCAGUACUGUAAUGUUUAUUUUCUGGGAGAUAAUGCAUUUAUAAGCAUUUUAAUAUUCUGCAAAAUGAACUAGAAAUAUUUAUAAUUUUACAGACAGGACAGCAUUUCAUUUUUAAUUUAUUUAAAUGGAGGCACUACUUAUGUAAAUUUGAACUGUGGGAUAUUUCUUGCUUUGAGAGAGAAGUAAAUCUCUUACACUGAAACUUAUGUCAUGAUUUUGUAUCAUAUGGUAGUCGUCAGUGUAUCUGUGAGUUUCUUGCAGUUACAAGUGGGCAUUCAGCAUAAUAUAUUGGGCUAUAACAUAUUAUUGUAAGUAAAUAGUUUUCUAAUGACCAUAAAGUAUCAAGGUGAAGAAAACAUGUAAUUCAAGUAAUUAAAAAUUUUAGUGAAAAACUACAGCUGUCUCCAUCAAAACAAGUCAUAUGCACUUUAAAAUGUCCAGGUAACAGUGAGCAUUGUUCAUGCCAGAAUGGUGGCUACUGGUCUUUGCUGAGUGAGACCUGCAGACCUAACUACCUGUGUGAGGUCAGGGUCUUAAAGCUAAUAUGGAAGUUUAUAAAUUAUAGCAAAUUGUAAUCCUGGAAACAAAAAAUAAAUCUUUGACUAAAGGG